UUGUGGUCGCCGCGCCGCCGCCGCCGCUCGCCAUGUCGGGGUCCCCGGUGAAGCGGCAGAGGAUGGAGAGCGCGCUGGACCAGCUCAAGCAGUUCACCACCGUGGUGGCCGACACGGGCGACUUCUACGCCAUCGACGAGUACAAGCCACAGGAUGCCACCACCAACCCAUCCCUGAUCCUGGCUGCUGCGCAGAUGCCCGCCUACCAGGAGCUAGUGGAGGAGGCCAUUGCCUAUGGCAAGAAGCUGGGCGGGUCAGAAGAAGAACAGAUUAAAAAUGCUAUUGAUAAACUUUUCGUGUUGUUUGGAGCAGAAAUACUGAAGAAGAUUCCAGGCCGAGUAUCGACCGAAGUAGAUGCGAGGCUCUCCUUUGACAAGGACGCCAUGGUGGCCCGUGCCAGCCGCCUCAUCGAGCUCUACAAGGAAGCAGGAAUCAGCAAGGAGCGGAUUCUAAUAAAGCUGUCGUCAACCUGGGAAGGAAUUCAGGCUGGAAAAGAGCUCGAGGAGCAGCACGGCAUCCACUGCAACAUGACGCUGCUGUUCUCCUUCGCCCAGGCCGUGGCCUGCGCCGAGGCGGGGGUGACGCUCAUCUCCCCCUUCGUGGGGCGCAUCCUUGAUUGGCAUGUGGCAAACACAGACAAGAAAUCAUAUGAGCCCCUGGAGGAUCCCGGAGUGAAGAGUGUCACCAAGAUCUACAACUACUACAAGAAGUUUGGUUACAAGACCAUCGUCAUGGGCGCCUCCUUCCGCAACACGGGCGAGAUCAAAGCGCUGGCGGGCUGCGACUUCCUCACCAUCUCGCCCAAGCUCCUGGGGGAGCUGCUCAAGGACAGCACCAAGCUGACGCCUGUGCUCUCGGCCAAGGCGGCCCAGGCCAGCGACCUGGAGAAGAUCCACCUGGACGAGAAGGCCUUCCGCUGGCUGCACAACGAGGACCAGAUGGCCGUGGAGAAACUCUCCGACGGAAUCCGCAAGUUUGCUGCGGACGCCGUGAAGCUGGAGCGGAUGCUGACGGAACGAAUGUUCAGCGCAGAGAAUGGCAAGUAGUGCGGUGCCUGCAGCUGGACAUCUUUGAAUUGGAAUCUGAUUGCACAUGCCUUGCGAUGAAUCUUGCAUUUUUUUACAAUUGGAGCGGGGAUGGAUCAUACAUUUCUGAUUUUAUGUAAAAUUUUGCCUAAUGCAUUAAAGCUGUCACUUUU